AUGUCGAUUUGGAUUGAGGCAGUUGCCAUUUUGCCGCAAUUGUCACUGUUGCAGCGCCAGAGGGAGGUAGAAAAUUUGACGAGUAACUUCGUAUUCGCCAUGGGAGCGUAUAGAGGCUUCUACAUAAUCAACUGGAUUUACCGCUACUUCACAGAGGGAUAUGUGAAUUGGGUCGGCUGGGUCGGAGGAGCCAUCCAAGUGGCAUUGUACUGUGACUUUUUCUACUAUUUUGCAAUGAGCAAGUGGUAUGGCCAGAAGCUCAUCCUGCCCAUGGCUGAGUAG